GGCGCGCGGCCCCUGCUCCCGUCGGUUCCGGUAUGGCGCGGGCGGGGCGGCCGGGCGCCGGCGGGCGCUGAGCGGGCCAUGGGGGCCCCGGGCCGGGCCUGGUGUCUGCGGCGCCUGGGCGCCGACGCCGAGCGGCUGCUGCUGGAGGACGGCGCCGAGGUGACUAUAGGCCGAGGAUUUGGAGUCACUUACCAGUUGGUGUCAAAAAUCUGCCCUUUGAUGAUUUCUCGAAAUCACUGUGUUUUGAAGCAGAAUGCCGAGGGCCAGUGGACAAUUAUGGACAACAAGAGUCUGAAUGGUGUCUGGUUAAACAGAGAACGUCUAGAGCCACUGAAGGUCUAUACCAUCCACAAGGGAGACCGUAUUCAGCUCGGCGUGCCUCUGGAGCAUAAGAAGAAUGCAGAGUACGAAUAUGACGUUGCGGAAGAAGACUGGGAGACGUUGUAUCCCUGUCUGGCCCCAAAGAGUGACCAGAUGAUGGAAAAAAAGAGGGGUUUGAGAACUAAAAGGAAAAGUAGUUUGGAUGGAUUAGAGAGCCCUGGAGUUGAAGGCCCCUCGAAUUUGAAGUCCAAAAUCAGCAAAGUGUCCUACGAACCUGGAUGUCCUGUGAAGUCGUGUGAGAAAGGGGCAGAGACUAGCCCCGCUGCUGAGUGUGUGGAGUCGAAGCGGACCUCUCCCGAGCCAAGCGAGGUGACCACCACCGCAACGCAGACCUGCCCUGGCCCCACUCAGGCCUUGGAGCAGCCCCCGAAGCUGAAAGCCUCAGACUCCUCCGCGCCGCAGAGCGACCUGGAGCUGUUCAGGGUGACCAUGUCCAGGAUUCUGAAGCUGAAAACACAGAUGCAGGAGAAACAGGUGGCUGUUUGGAGAGUGAAAAGGCAGGCGCAGAAAGGGACCUCCAAGAAAAUCGAGAAAAUGGAGCGGGAGCUCAAGGCCUUGCAGUUCCAGCUGUGCACAGAGCAGGCCCGGCAGCAGGCCCGCGCCGAGCAGCUGGAGAGGACUUUCCAGGAGAGCAAGCAGCUCCAGGAUUUGGGGAAAGAGCACGGAGAAGAGGACUUGAAGCAGCAUCUGGCCCAGGCUCUGCGGGAGUAUCGUGCUCUAAUGGAAGAGCUAAAUCGUAGCAAGAAGGACUUUGAAGCAAUCAUUCAAGCCAAGAACAAAGAAUUGGAGCAGACCAAGGAAGAGAAGAAGAAAGUGCAGGCACAGAAGGAGGAAGUUCUUAGCCACGUGCAUGACGUGCUGGAGAAUGAGCUCCAGUGUAUUAUUUGCUCCGAAUACUUCAUAGAGGCUGUCACCUUGAAUUGUGCCCACAGUUUCUGCUCGUACUGCAUCAGUGAAUGGAUGAAGCGGAAGAUAGAAUGCCCCAUUUGUCGGAAGGACAUCAAGUCCAAAACCCAUUCCCUGGUUCUGGACAACUGCAUUAAUAAAAUGGUGGAAAAUCUGAGCUCAGAGGUGAAAGAACGACGAAUUGCUCUCACUAGGGAACGAAGAGAAAAACCAUCUUGAUGUCCAGGUUCCAGGGGCAUUUGGAAGAUUGCCAAGCAGUGGGGACUCGGAAUGGUCUGGAAGAUCCUCUGUAGAUGGUCUUGGGCCAGUCUGGGACAGAGCAUGAAACUGCCACGCGGACAGACUGGGGGGCACGGAUCCCCCUUCCACAUGGCCAACCACCUGCUGCCCCCUUGCGGCGCUCCUGGACCCACCACCCCCACUCCUGGGCUCAGCGAACGAGUCCCCACACGUGGAACAGGCUGUGUGGUUCUGUUGCGCUUUUCAGAUUUACUGUUCUGUUAUUGUUUGGGUACCCCAGAAGCACCUCUGUUGACUUGUUUUAGACAACUGGUUGUGCCCUGACGGCUGCCCUGAAGUGAAGGGGGCUUCUACCUGCAAAAAUGGCUCACCUCUUCU